UCAGCUGCAGAAGCUCUUGCGACCGGUUGUGUCGAAACUUUCCUCUUUGAACGCAGCCCAGCUACAGCCAAGCCAUGCGGCGGCGCCAUUCCACUAUGCAUGCUCGAUGAAUUCUCAAUACCUUUAAAUCUCAUCGAUCGCCGUGUCAUUCAGAUGCGAAUCGUUUCUCCGUCAAAUCUCGUCGUUGAUUUCGGUAAAACCCUUAAACCCCACGAGUUCGUCGCCAUGCUCCGGCGAGAAUUCCUCCGGCAGCGGGAUGAAUCUAGCGGCGCCACUCUUCUCAAAGCACUGGUCACCAACCUCGUGGUCCCCACAUCCACACGCGAGCCGUACGUCAUUCACUACACCAUGGAUAACUGCCAGCAUCAGCUCGCCGUCGAUGUCAUCAUCGGCGCCGAUGGAGCCAAUAGCCGUGUAGCUAAAUCGAUCAAUGCUGGAAAUUACACUACUGCCAUUGCUUACCAAGAGAGGAUCAAAUUACCCGAGGACAAAAUGGGGUAUUACGAAAAUUUAGCUGAGAUGUACAUAGGGAAUGACGUGUCACCCGAUUUUUACGCGUGGGUAUUUCCCAAAUGCGACCACGUGGCAGUGGGGACAGGCACGAUAGGCUCAAAACCUUAUAUCAAAUCACUUCAAUGUGGUAUCAAAGCACGAGUAAAAUCAAAGAUCGAAGGCGGAGAAGUGAUUAAAGUAGAGGCUCAUCCAAUACCGCAACAUCCGCGUCCUAUUCGGGUUCGUGGACGGGUUGCUCUGGUAGGGGAUGCAGCAGGAUACGUGACAAACUGUUCAGGCGAAGGAAUAUAUUUCGCGGCAAAAAGUGGAAGAAUGUGUGGGGAAGCAAUCGUGAAGGCGUCAGAAGGCGGAGAAAACAUGAUCAAUGAAGAUGAUCUAAAGAGGGAAUAUUUAAGAAAGUGGGAUGACAAGUAUUUUACUACAUUCAAGUUCUUGAAUUUGUUGGAAAAAGUGUUUUAUGGUAGCAAUGCAGCAAGGGAAGCAUUGGUGGAGUUGUGUGGAGAUGAAUAUGUGCAGAGGAUGACAUUUGAUAGCUACUUCUAUAAGAAAUUAGCUAGUGGGAAUAGGUGGGAAGAGGCUAAAAUUGCCAUAAACACAAUUUCAAGUUUGGUCAGGUGUAAUUUUCUAGGGCGAGAAAUGGAUGGAUCUGCCCAAAAGAUUCUCUCGCGAAUAUUUUAG